GAACUUGAAUGCUCUUUGCUACAUGCUAAUAAGUUAUUGUUUUGUUUUUGCACUUAAUUUGUGUAGUUAGGUAGAUAUUGCUUGUCUAUUUUGAGAAUAUUUCUGCAAGUAGUGCAUCGUUCAAUGUUGAAAUAAUUUGUAGUACUUGCACUUAUAAGUAAAACAGGUUUCUUUUGGUUUCCUACAUUGGGAAUAAAAAUUGAACUCGAGAGUUCAACUACAGCUUACAUUCCGGUUUAACCUGUCACCCACUUCACUCCUCCGGCUCAAAGGGACAUUCAGGCGACGACAUGGCUGGCAUUGGCAGGCUCGCCACUAAAGACUCAGUCCUUUUCCUGUGUGACAUGCAGGAGAAGUUCAGACCCAACAUCUUUCAAUUCACCAACAUCGUCAGCAAUGCUGCAAGAUUACUGCAGGCCAGUCGUAUUCUGGCCAUCCCCCCUAUUUUGACAGAGCAGUACCCCAAAGGCUUGGGUCCUACGGUACCAGAGCUGGGAGCAGAGGACCUCAAGGCUCAUGCUAAAACUACAUUCACUAUGAUGAUAGAGGAGGUGGAGAAAGAGCUGCAGGCCCUGGGGAACCCUAAACAGGCUAUCCUGUGUGGAAUAGAGGCCCACGCCUGUAUUGCGUGUACAACAUUUGACCUGCUUGAAAAGGGAAUGGAAGUUCAUAUUGUGGCUGAUGCAGUCUCAUCCAGAAGCCAGACAGACCGUUUGUUUGCUCUUUCCCGACUGAAGCAGAGUGGAGCGUACCUCACCACCACGGAGGCUGUUCUGCUGCAGCUCGUUCAAGACGCCAAACACCCCAACUUCAAGGAGAUCCAGAAGCUGUUGGCUCACCCAUCACCUGACACCGGCCUCCUUGCCUUCUUCAGCGCUCUGUAGGGCCAUCAACGCAUUCAUCAUUCAUUUAAGAACUGUACAAACUGUCACAGCUUCUUACACACUGUUAAAAAGCUUCAAUAAAGGUGAUGCUGCUACUUUA